AUGGGCGGCAAGGGCAAGAAGGGCUUCAAGGGGGGCCGCAGCUUCGGCGGGUUUGGACCCCAGGGCGGCGGCAAGGGGCUCCUGCAGGUUCCUCACACGCCAGUGCUCGAGGCUCCACCACUCUACAACAAGGCGCCGAUGAACCAUGUGCCAAGGGCCUGCGAGCUUCGCGGGCAGCAGGAGGCAGACCUCAUCACGAGUCAUCGGCGGCUGCUCCACUUCUGGAAAACGUCGCCCUACUUCAUUCACGAGGCAGACAAGUCCCGCAGGUGGCGGCUGAAAUCGACCGCACCGAACGCGGAGGACCAGUUGCUUGCUAUCGUGAAGGCUGGUGGCAUGAGCUCCAACUACUUCCCCAUGGAGCUCCAGACAAGGAGCUUGCUACGUUCCAAGGGCAAGGCUGCAGAGAAGCAGGUCCUGGAGGCCCUGAAGAGGGGCGCUGCUUGCAGCAUGGCGCUGAAGAUAGGCAAGUCGAUCUCAUUGCCAGGCCUUUGGAAGAUGGGCACCGAACAGCCCAAGCUUCAUGGGCACCACAAGAAGGCAACGCUUGGCUUCACGGUGGGUGGAGACCUAGCAUCAGCAGUGGACAAGAAGAAAGGACCCGUGCCGUCUGCGGAAGGUAGGGAGAUCGCGGGGCUGCUCAAGACUGCAGGCUGGCGCAUGGUGCACACCGAGCAGCCAAAGGAACCACCGCUGAGCGAGGAGGAGAUUGUCCACGCGAAUAUGCGACAGCCAAGGGAAGCGCCCGCCUGGAUGAAGCACGACAAGCAGGUCUUGCGCUUCUACGGCUUUUUCCAAGAGACAGUGACGGAGCACCCAAUAGAGAACAGCCGCUACCGGCAUGUGAACAUCAUGUAUCACAUGGAGGAUGGGUCUCUGAGCAUGACCGAGCCCAAGACCAAGAAUUCAGGUCUUCCCCAGGGCACCUUCUUGAAGAGGCAGAAGACCAUGCGAGAAGACGGCCUUGCCUACAUCGGCCCAGACGACCUCCGUGUGGGGAGUGAGAUCACCAUCCAUGGCCGCACCAUCCACAUCAACGGCUGCGACAGGUUUACGCGUUGGUUUCUUGAGCAAAAUGGCUUGGAAGUGCCAGAGGACGAGACGAUCCCGGAGGACAAGUGGACGAGAACAGCCAAGCUCCGUGCGACCACCGAACAGGGCGGCAUGCCGAUGACGCGGUCCUCAUUUUACGCAAAGCAGUUGGCCAAGUUCAUGAGCGGCCAGCCGCCCUCGAACAUGAAGUUCUCCCAGUUCUUGCUCAACGACAGGAAGGUGCUCAAGUUCAAGGCCUACUGGGACGAUCACACCCCGUACGGGGCUCGGCUCUAUUUCAUCGUCCACUACUUCCUGGCCGACAACACUGUGGAGAUCAACAUGGCCAACAGCCGGAACUCGGGGCGCGACCCUUACCCGGUCUUCAUGAAAAGAGGGCCGCUGACGAGGAAGAAUGAGGUGCUGGCUGUGCCAGGCUUGCUGGCAGCAGAGGGCCAGAUCUACUACCCAGAAGACUUGCGAGUGGGAGAUGUCAUGCAUGUUUGGGGGCGCAAGCUGGUGCUCUACGACUGCGAUGAUGCGACGGAGAAGUUCUACAGGGAGUACCUGGAGAUUGAUCAGAAGGAGGGGAAGCUCGAUGUCAGCGAGAAGCCGUUGACCCACUUGAAGCUGCUGCCGCCGCCUCACACCGGCGUCGGCCGCGAGGAGGAUUCCUUGAUCAAUUGCCAGAUGGUCCAGCCGAAGCCUCCAAAGAAAGACUUGGAAAAGUUGAUGGUCUACACGGGAGAGGUCCUAAGGUUCGAGUGCAGGAUGAUGAACGGAGAGCCUGAAGAUGAGCUGCGUCGUUUGGUCAUUGCAUACUACCCGGCGGAUGAUGAGGUCGCCGUGUUUGAGGUGACUGUGCGCAACAGUGGCCACAUGGGCGGCAAGUUUGCUGACAAGCGCCGCAUCAAGAACCCUGACACCGGCGCCUAUUUCAAGCUCACAGACUUGUUUGUGGGCCAGGUUGUGACCAUUGCGGCGCAGCCGCUGCUCAUUACGCGAGCGGAUGAGCAUUGCCUGCAGUACCUCGAGGCCCGGGCCUCGGAGUUCCCCUACGCCGACUGCCGGGCUUGCGCCUUGCGCGUGGCGGUGUUGGCCAACCAGCCGGAGAUGCGGGCGGAGGAGGGGCUGGAGCCGGAGCGCCUCAAGGAGCUGGCGCAGCAGGCGGGCGUGCACUUGGUGGACCACGAGGUGGUGACCCUCUUGCGUUCUUUCGGCGUUGCUGCGGAGACGGAGGACGGCUCCCCUCGGAUCAUCGGGCCGGAGGUGCUGAAAUGCGCUGGGCUGUGA